GCUCCUGCGACUUUUGGCUUGAUCCGGUCCACCUGCUUGCCCCUCCCGAGAGCCGUUUGCACAAUCAUGGGCGGCCUUCUGUGCAAGUCCGAGCAGAUCGACUUUGACGACGAUGUGGAGCUUUACCACUUUCACCUGAUGAAUGUCAUCGGCAAGGGUGCUUUUGGAAAGGUCCGAGUUGUUCAGCACAAGAAGACCCAUAAAUACUACGCCCUCAAGUAUAUCGACAAAGAGCGAUGUGUCAAGUCGAGGUCGGUUGAGAACAUCAUCAUGGAGCGCCGUCUGCUUGAGCGAAUCAGCUCGCCGUUUGUCUGCAACCUACGAUAUGCCUUCCAGGACGAGGAGCAUCUCUACAUGGUCCUGGACUUGAUGAUGGGCGGCGAUAUGCGAUUCCUGCUGGACCGGCGGGGUGCCUUGACGGAGCCCAUGGUCCAGUUCUAUGCGGCCGAGCUCUCCCACGCCCUGCAGUACCUCCACUCGAGGAAUAUCGUGCACAGAGAUCUGAAACCCAGCAACAUUCUGUUCGAUGAGCACGGCCACGCCCAUAUUACCGACUUCAACAUCGCAACGUUUUACAAAGACCAUCGACCGCUCACCUCGGUGGUCGGAAGUCUGGCAUAUAUGGCCCCGGAGGUUCUUGCACGGCUUGGAUAUGAUGCAUCGGUGGAUUGGUGGAGCCUGGGCAUCAUCCUAUACGAGUGCACCUAUGGUCGGAGACCCUAUGCAACAAAGUCGACCGAGCUUCUUCAACGUGCCAUCAUCUACAACGAUAUACCAUUCCCAAAGAGCCCUGUCGGAGAAGAGUGUCUUGAUUUCAUCCGCAAGCUCCUGUCCCGUGAUUCACACAAACGAAUCGGAUCACGAUCAGCAGGCGGGUUCGAGGCUCUGAAGCAGCACUCGUUCUUCAACGACAUCAACUGGGACCUGCUCGUGCAGAAGAAGCUGACGUCGCCAUAUGUUCCCGAUUCCCAGCGGCCCAAUUUUGCAGUCGAACACGAGCUUGAGGAGCUGCUAUUGACCGAUCGCCCCCUUACCGACAAGCGCAACCGACGUAACAAAAACAUUAAGCGAGAUCCCAGCGUUGUCUUGCCGCCGCAGUACCAGUAUAUGGAAUCACACUUCAAGCUCUACGACUACACCAGACCCGCUACGUUCUACAACCACAAUCAGCCCAACAAACCCAUCACCACAAACUCGCCCCAGCUCCGGCUGAUGAGUCAGGUCAGCUCGCCACCCAUGUCCCCGAUUCAAACCGUGGCCCCCGAGAAGAGUCGAAUCGAAUCGCCCGACCAAACAAGCCGUGCUCGUGGCGAACUGACCACAACCAUUUUCAAGGAUGUCAUGGAAGGCCGUGACGACAUGAUUCAAUACGACUCACAAAUCGAAAGCGCAAUCUCUGGCUCAGUACGCUCGACUUCGGUGCAGUCGGGCGAAGUGCAGAUUGACCGGAUUCCGUCUGCCGAGCCUGCCGAGUGGCUGAUGGCCAGGAGCACCAGCCUGCAUAUCGGCCCUCCCUCGGAGUCCCGCCCACCCUCUAAUCAGCGAUGAUCCCAAGCCAUGUGCUGCACCAACGGCUCCACUGACUGCCCUUGACGCAGCCUACCGCUUCUCGGUCUGCUUACUCUCCUGAACUACCUGGCCUUGGCCAGCCGAACGGAUCUGCUGCGGGCCACCGCUCUGUCAAGCCUGCGGCGAGAUAUUCUGCUCUGCUUCAUCGAUCGCUACUCCAUCAGACUCAUUACUGAACGAUCCCCGCCCCCCCCCACCACACCCAUCUCCACUCAAACCACCUCGCCAGAACGCGAUUUGACUCGUCUCUGGAUGGCUGCGUGACAAGUCCUGUCUCUUACACUUUACACAGGAGGGAAAUGGGACACUUGCCCACAACCCAUAUGUCAGCGUAGUCUGUGAUGGCAUGCGUCCAACUAUGCCAUAAGAAAUAUAUCAGAUCACUUUGGCAGCCUCCGAGUGAACACCACCGGUCGCUCUCCGGUCUCCACAAUCGACAUGCUC